CUUACACUCGCAGAACGUGAAUCCGUUCGUAGAUUCAAAGCCACGUUUCUACGGGGCGAACGAGUUUCGAGAGGGCGGCAAGGAUUACGAGAAGCCGCGACUGGGCAAUCAUUAUGCCAACGGCGGCAGCUCCUUGCCUAACGCCAACAACGCGCCUGGAUACGAACUGGCUUACCGCAACGAAGGAUUCCGGGAUCCUGCCGCGGCCGGCUCGACUUUCGGGGCUGGCAAGGGACUCAAGCAGAGACCCUUCGCCGCUAACUUGGGAAUACCGGAGGUCGAUGACAGUAUGGAGCAUCAUGCAGGUCACUCAGACUACUAUAAUAACGCUUCAACGUUGCCUCUGAAUAGUACACUUGACAAAUCGAUUACUGAAUCUGAGUCGUUAAAUCUAAGCCAGUACAGCGACCGAGGACUAAUGUUUUUCAAGGAUGCUUCUCCCGAAGAUAACAACAAAUAUCCGCCGACUGCAGAAUAUGCAUCGGCUCACAGUACUUUCCGUGCUCCAGCUAAAGUAGAAAGAGAUCUGAGGCUGGAAAAUGGUUUGCCGCCUGCUCCUCAUUAUGACAAGACUAUACCAAAACAGGAUAAUGUUCCUCAGUACUCAAGAGCAGCCCCGACUAUUCCUCCAAGUCCACUGAACUAUCAGAGGGCUGCAUCGAAUGUACUACAGAACAAUCCUAAUGUGCCCGAGAACUUGCCCAUCGUCUACCACCAGAACCUGCCACCGCCGCCGUCGAACGCGCAGCAGAGCGGCGUACCGCCCGCCGUUCCGCCUCCAACUUAUGUGCAGAUAAAUCUAACAUACAAGAAUCCCACGACGCUCAGCGACGGCUCACCCCUGGAGAGGAAAGUGCAAAACUUCGAAAACGCCCCAUUGAUGAGCGAUGCGGAAUCCACCACCAGCAGCGUUCCAUCGGAAAGGAGAAAUGUUCAGAAGCCGGCAGUGCCUCAGAG